UACAUGGUAUCUGCCCGAAAGCGACCUGUCCUCCCGAAAGUAACAACAGGAAAAGGCUGUCAAGUCCGAAAGCACCAGUGCUCGUUUCUUACGGAACUUUAUGGAAUAAAUCGUUUAGCGCGUAAAAGUUGGUUGUGUACCUUAUGGUCCUUAUGAGCGAUUUUUAGUCGUGAUCGUUUUUUGUACAGAAAAUUGAUACUGUUAUGCCUAGAGGUACCCGUAUCACUAAGUACGUGUGUUGCCCGUAUGUUAUUCUCGUGUAGUCGUGCAGUACGUUUCCGUCCGUGGUUUCAGUCACAGUCCUGAAACCUUUUCAGGUUUCUGAGGCCUGGCCGGUGAAAUGCGAAAUGUGGCAGUCUGGCAAGAAAGAGUCGUUAGACAAGGUAAGCCCUCACAUUGUUGUUUGUUUAGAAAACUUUGGAAAGGCAGGGGUGGCGAAUGGUACCUCGAAAAACGUGGGUCUCGGAAAAUUUUGGCACGAUCUCGAAAUCUCGGAAACGUUUUCGAUAAGUCUCGAAGUCUCGUUUUUUCAUGGUUUGUUUUUACUUUUUUUGAGUAUCGAAACUUUUCUGAAAGAGACUCGCAGUUCUAACUAGGAUCUCGCUCAAUCUCGAUUUUUACCAUUCGAUAAAGGCCAUGACCUAUCUACUUAUUUCUCUCUCUCGUCUGAAAGGACUGCAGUUCAUGCCAAUUCGAUUUGAUAGCAAUUGGAAAGCAAAUUACGGAAAUGAUUCGAACAGGGAAGCUGAAACAAAAUAUUAACAUUGAGAUUGAUCUCAGAGCUCUUUGGGUGUCUUGAAACCCAAUAUAUAUUCAAUAUAUAUCGGUAACCUGUUACUUUGAGGGACUGUUUUGUUAGUUCAUUGUCAGGGCUUUAAGUGUCUGAAGUGUUCAGGGCUUCAAUCACAUUUUUGCGUUAAUUACUUGUGAUCCUUCACUCUCUUUUAGGAAGCAAGUUUCUUAAUUUACUUUUGGGCUGCCGCCCUCGUUUCACAUGUUUCCCAACUUUUAAGAUGUUAAAACCACUCAAGUGCAAUUACGACCCCACCAACUUUGAGGAAAAUCACUAAGAGUUUCUCACUGUCAACAUUUUGUUUAACAAUGGGAUAAAAAAGAGGCCUGGACCUGAUUGUUCGAAAGCGGGUUAAAUCCAAACCUCGGGUCAAAUUUGCUUAUAUUUUAACCUGAGGAUGAAUUUUAACCGCAUCGCAGGUUUGUUGUGUUGUUCAAAUACCAGUUAGCUCAAACCUUAGGUUAAACAGCAGGUUAAAUUUAACCCUACUAGCUAUGUGGGUUAAUUAAAUAACUAACCUUAGGUUAAACUUAAUGAUAAUAAUAGUAAUGUCAAAACAAACUGACUGACUUGUUGUCACGGUUUACUAACUAUAAGAACAACAACAGAAAAGACUCACAGACAGUUCAGACAAAUGAUAAAUAAUAAAAAUUUUACAAACAAAGAACUAAGAGCUGGCUACAGGAUUGGAAGCAGGUCAAUCCUCCUCCAGUUCCUUUUUGUUUCUUUUCUUUUCUGAAAGGUUUGUGAAUUCGAUAAACAUUACACAGGAAAUGAAGAUUAUUCCACUUCCCUCGGACUUCGCCACUUAUCUCUUCUCCACUCCUACAGUGUUGUGUCACUGUUAUUGGUGUCUAAUGUCCUUGCCUUUGGUUUGUCACACUGAUUGUCAACUUACUUUGCGAAACGUGCAAGUUUUCUUCGACGUUCUCAGUUAAAAUAGCAAUUUCUGAUGCGCUGAAAUUAUUUUUCUGGAAUCCUCCACUGACGCUGUUUUAGGACGUAAACAAACCAAGACAUAUUAUGAGAUGCUAACCGCGAGUUAGUAGUGGUAAACCUAAGAUUAAGUAACAGGUCCUCUAACCGCUCUUUGAAAACGCAAUUUUAAACCCAAGUUAACAAACCUGCAGUUAAGAAAUUUAACCUCUGGUUAGGCCUAACCUGAGGUUAAUUUAACCUGCCUUUCGAAUGACCUGGUCCAGGAAAGUAGUAGACUUACAGGUUUUUUCUAGAUAUGUCAUACAAUUCGACAGGGAUCACUGCCAGGUGACUUAACAUUGGCAGAUCCAGACCUUCAGAUAAGGGGGGGGCCUCAGGUCAUCCAGACCCUGAAAUAAGGGGGGCGGCAGUUUGGUCCAAAAAUAAGGGGGGUCCCAAGCCCCUCCCCUGGAUCCGUGACUGCUUACUUAAAUUUGCUACAGAGCAAAACAACAGCUCAAUGUCAAUCCAGGAAAAAUUUAAUCCAUUGCAAUCAGAGGUUGAGAGAGGUUUGAAAUCAUAAUGUAUUGAUUUUGGAAUUCAGGAAAGCGAUGAAUUAGUACAGGAUGCGGGGUUUUGUGUAAAAGGAGUGGUAUAGGGACCCCCAUUCCAGACCCUGUUGGUAUAAAGAUCUAAAUAUCUCGACAGUUGUAUGCUGUUCAAAACAAUAAUGCACUCAAACCUUUUCCUGCAUGUGCAACCGCCUCUCAUAAGUGACCCUACUACUUAUAACCACCAAUCCAAAAAACCAAAAUUUUCCUGGUCAAAAUGUUACAAAUUGGACCCUUUUGUAACCAACUUCUUAAAGUGACCGCAACCAUUUUUUUGGGCUUCAGAGGUUUCAAUAAUUUUCCAUUGGUUUUAACCUUUUGUGAGUGGCCACUUGACAAAUUGUCUGAUCUUGUUGUUUGCUGUUUAUAGAAUAUGCUACUCAGAGUAUACAAAUUUUUUAGUGACAAAAUGAAACCAAACAUGCUGUAACUUAGAAACUGCAUGCACUUAAUUAUCCUCCAUGGAGCAAAAUGUGUCUGGACCUCUUUUCAGAAGAGAGCAUGGGAUGGCGCAGUUGUGAGAACACUCGCCUCCUACCAAUGUGGCCUGGGUUGGAAUCCUGGCGUUGACGCCAUAUGUGGGUUGAGUUUGUUGUUAGUUCUCUCCUGUGCUCCAAGAGGUUUUUCUCUGUGUACUCUGGUUUUCCCCUCUCCUCAAAAACCAACAUUUCCAAGUUCCAAUUCGAUCAGGAAUCAGGUAGACGAAGAACCACUUUGUGGAUGUCCUACCUCCAAAUCAUUAUUUAUUUAGAGACCCUACGAGGUUUGAUUCUUGUAAGCGGCAAUUAACCUCCCAAAAGUCACCAAGUGCUAAGUCUUCGCAUAUUGGGUGGUCACUUGCGAGAGGUUCAAUAAUUAUUAUUGAAUGAUAAUUGUCAUAAUCAUGUUUUUUGAAAAAAAUCAAAAUUUCUCAGAUGUCAUUGUAGUAAAAAGGACCAUGUUCAGUCCUAAAUUUAAAAUAACUUAAAAUUUUGCUAUCUACUUUUUAGACUUCUGGUUCACAUCUUCAAGAAGAUGAACUUACUGAACUUGACAAGAUCUUUCUUCUUCUUGCGGAAAGCAACCUCAAAGACUGUUUCAAUGUUCUGUGUUAUGACUUGCAAGUUCGAACAAUUGCUGAUUGGCAGAAGCUUGAUGAAGAGGCACUGAAAAGGUUCAGACUACUACCAAACUUUGCAAAGGAACAGCUAAGGACUUUGCCGCAAGAAGCAGAGAAAACAGAUUUUGUUUCUUUGGCAUUGGUAAGUACAGUGAACAAGCUUUUCACAGUAAGUUGUACUAGAAUUUUUUUCUGUGGUUUUGAAAUUAACACAUUAAUUUAAAUUUUUUACGUUUUUUUUUGGCCAUAUAUUUAAACCACAUCCUGUGCACCAAGUGUGCAGACAUCAAUAAGCCAAGCCAAGGACACUUUAGAUUCCCAACUUGUUUUAGGGAAAGUGAUCGUCUAAUCCUUGUUCGGAAAUGACAGUAAAACAGGCCAUAGAACAGCACCCAAGAAUCAUAAGUUUGACCAUGCAGAAAAUGCAAACAAAAAUUGUUCCUGGUCUAGCCACUUGUUAUUCCUAUAAAAUACUUUUGGCUUUUCCUGAGACGUGAAACCUGAUAAAUACCCAGUAAUUACAAGGGGAUCGGAGAACAAACAUAAAGAAGUAGGGAGAUCAGAAGAGAAAGUUAAAGGUUGUGAAAGUCAAGGGGCAUUGCAUGUCCCUCUUUUGUCUAAUCUCAAAAGUUUUCCUUUCUGCACAUGCUUGACUUGUUAUAUAUGUUAUGGGUAGUUUAAGUUACUUCUUUUUGUCAAGAAGGUGUGGCUUUGUCCAGCUUCAGGUAGCAUUUUUCAGUAAAAAUAAUCUGAAAAAGGCAAAAGGGUGAAAGGGUUUUUCUUAAGCUUAAGUUUUGUGGUGAUUUCAGGAUAUUAAAUUAUGCCUGAUGAUAUAUUUCAUUAGAAAAGAAACCUUUUAAAUACCUUAUACAGGGCUUCUGAUAUUUCGCGGAAAAAAAAGCAAAAUUUCGCGGGAUUUUCAGGGGUAAAUUCGCGGGAUUUUUGCGGGAAAAAAGUCAAAAUUCGCGGAACAAUCGGCCGAUUUCGGUUGAUUUUCGCAGGAGAAAAGUCAAAAUUCGCAGAAAAAUCGGCCCAUUUCGCAGGAUUUUAGCGGAAAAAAGUCAAUUUUCGAAGGAUUUUCAGGGGCAAAUUCUUAGGAAAAUCGGCCGAUUUCACGGGAAAUUUCGGGGGGAAACUUCGCCAAGGAACAAUCAGUAAAAACCGCCGAUUUCGCUGGGGUUUUUUAUGGCAAAUUUCGCUAAAAUCGAUCACUUUGGCGCCGAUAUGACCAGCGUUGGUGAACGUUUUUUUUAACAGGGAUAAUCAUUUGCUCUUUCAACAACAGUUCGCUCGAGAAAUGAGCGAAUGUUAAAGCUAAAAACAUUAUGGUUAGUGCCCAGUUUUUCGCAACGUUCAUCUAAAAACGCCUGGCCCAGGUUGUUCAAAAGCUGGAUAGCGCUAUCCACCGGUUAAAUCACUAUCCAGCAGAUACGUAUUACGGGAAACAAUUGCGUCAUACGCUGGAUAGUGAUUUAUCCGCUGGAUAGCGCUAUCCAACGUUUGAGCAACCGGGGCCUGGUAGUUUUGGGACGUUGUUUACUCGUCGCAGUGACGAAGCUUCAAGCUAAAUUUGGACGUUUCGGGUGAAUAAAACCGGUCUAAUAGCCAAGAUAAGUAUUAAAUAUGUUUUGCCGACAUGUAUUUGGAAAUAUUUCUUGCGGAUUUCGCGGUAUUUCGCGUUUUUGGGGGAAUUUCGCGGGUCCGCGACCGCGCGAAUUAUCAGAAGCCCUGCUUAUAGGUAUUUUUUUCCUUUGGCCUUAAGUUGCUUGGACUUGUGCAUGUGAUCAUCAUUUCAUGCAAAAAAAAAAAUGUUCAAUAACAUUAAAUAUUUUAUUUAUUGCAGAAACAUGGAAAAGUACCCUAUAAAGCACGGUUACAAGCUUCUGGAGUGGCAUUUAUUUCCAUGGAGGAUGUUAAAGUUGUCAAGAAAACUGCCACAGGUCCCGUUUCAGGAUCUGUUUUUAAAGCUAUUUGGACAAAACCCAAUGGAGAAAAGGUGAGGUUUCAACCAAGGUACAUAAGUUUCAUUAAAUCAGCUGGCGUGGAUAUUAUUACAUGGGGGAUACUCCCAUUUAUCCUAUGAAUAGCGAGUACAGCCAAUCAGAAGGCUAAAAGCCUGUUGCUUAUUCUGCGGUAUGUAACAGGUGGUAUUUCACCAAAAAAUCUGGGCAAUAGCAAGUUUGUAAACAACACUUUAAAACCCGAUUUUUAACCAUCUAUUUGAAGUUCUUAGAAGUCAAAGUUAACAAAGUAUUAAUAGAAAAACAAAUCAAAUGAACAAAGAAGUUUAGGAAUUUGCCAAUAAACCAAGAGCAACAAAAACAAACCAGUUAACCAGUGUUUUGAAGACCAAGGUGGAACAGCCUGCCAAGAGUAAGUUUGAUCUGCUCUUCUGUUGGGGUGAAAUGAGUUGGCAGUUAUUAACUUUGAGUGUUGUGGCACAUUGUUUUUACAGAUGCAGGUAUGUUUAAGAUAUGAUCGCUCAAAGGGUCAGCGAGAUCAUUUUAUUCAUGAGGCUGAAAUCUCUGCACCUUUGGCACACCAAAGCAUCCUUAAUCUCUAUGGAGUUAUUCUACCAGGGCUGUACACGGAUUCUGUAGCUCUAGUGAGUGCAGUUACUUGUUUUAUAGUGUUUUUAAUUCCCCUCUGGUGUACCUAAAGGAGAAUUUGAAUGACAAUCUUGCUCCCUAUUGACCCCAAAGCUUUUUUCGCAGAAAGAAAUUGUGAAAGGAAUGCAAAGAGGCUGGGAGUUGAGGAAGUAUAGGGUAGAGCGGUCCUCUUUUUCAGGGCUGUGCUAAUAAUUAAAGGAGUUCCCACCCAGUGGCUCCCGGCACCUAACUUAAACUUGGCUAGCGUGCAAUCAUGAUAAUUAUGCUGAGCACCCUGGAUUUCACAGAUCCCUUUAAUUCUUCUAAGAUCACUGCCUUGUUUUAGUUCAAACCUUCUAUAUCUUUAAUAACGGAAUAGGGGCCAAACUGUAAACUUAAAUAAAUGGAGUUUCUAGAGUAAAGUUCUCUGAACAAUGAUGAAAUGUCAACAUUUAUUAAAAAAAGAUAGAGCUGCAUACAAACUUUAUACAACAGAGAAGAUGAAAACAGACCUGAAGUUGUAUGAUAGAGAUGGUGAUGGCGAAAAUCCGUGAAAGAAAAAAAAUACAAUUCCCACCAAGGAACUGAACAGUCUUCACCUCAAGUUCUUUUCAAAAGUGUCAAGAAAACUCAACACGGUGGACAUAACACAUUCUCUUUUUGUUAGUAAAUAUUUUUUAAACUGGCAAAGAUGAGGUUUCAAGUCUUUUGUUUACGAGUAGCUCUUUGAACCUCCUUGAAUUUGUAGAAGAGUUUUCUUCUUUCCAUCACAAUUUGCUCUGCUCAGUUUUCCUACCAGGUAGUCUUUUACAUAACCGAUUACCAUUAGAAGUCUCAUGAUUAUCUGUCAUUCCAUCUCUGUUUUUCUUGCAAAUGUUUGAAGCCUUGACGAAGACAUUUGGAAAAAUCGAUUUACCAAGUAAACUAGUUUGACAAGUUUUGAUUUCUGACCAAUCAGCAACAGCGUUGAUGAAAGCGCGUGAAACUCAACUCAUGUUAGCCUGUCAUGCAUUCUUGUCAUAAGUAGGCCAGGCAAGCGUGCACAUUUACUGAAUUCUAUUUUGUACUUCUUGAGUUGAAUGAUAUAUACUGGAUGGUCUAGUGUGUAGCAUUGUGGGAUAUUUUUACUAGUCUGUUGUAUUUUAACAUGCCCUACGGGCUCACCAAAAUACAGCAUGACUCAUGAAAAUAUCUCAUGAUACUACACACUAAGCAGUCCAAUAAGAUAUAUGUAUUGUAAGUUUGUAAGUAUUGUAUUGUAAUAUGUGAAAGUAUUGUAAAUAAAUAAUAAAAAAGGAAAUUUAAAUAAAUUAAAAAAACACAAAAACAAUUGCAUGCAGCCAGGUCCCCUCAAAAAGCCUUAUAAAGACCAGUUCAUGUAAGACUUGCUCGCAUAACGUAGGAUGGCAAUCAUUUUCGCAAAGCGACAAGCUUCCUGGAUUUCGCCAAGCAAAACAUAAACAUCAUUUCAUGAAUCCAAACCAGCAUACU